AUGGCAGUGCGCACCCUAGAUCUUGUUGACCAGGAGAUUCGAGCUGCAACCAACCAGCCCAAGCUGCGUCUUCCGGCUGUGGUCCUGUCCAGCAAGCACAUACUCAGCGACACACCUGAUGCUGUCAAGUUGACUAUCUGUCGCGAGUCCUACUCAGACUAUGAGGCAGCGGCCCGCCUCAUCAACAAGGAGUACGAUAUGGCGCUGCUGAACUUCAAGCUGGACUGUGGGCAGCUGUGCAUUGAUUACCACAGCACCAUCGAGGUGCUGGUGGCAGAGUUUGGCUUGAGACAGCAGGUGUUAUUGCUGAGCGAGUACGUGUCGGAGACGGCCAUGCAUGCGUUGUUUUCGGCAGCAGACAUUUACAUUGGGUUGUACCCAGAGGACCUCUUCCCGCACCCCGCCACAUUUUACGAGGCUUUGGCACACGGCUGUGCGGUGCUGGCAACUCCGUUAAAAGCCGCCCUGGCCCACCUGCCCGACGAUGCUGGGCGCCUGCUUUGGAAGGGCCUGCCUCAGCUCCUCAAUGGAGUCCCGGAAAUUGGUCCCACGCUGCAGCGCCUCUAG